UCAGUUUAAAUAUCUAACUAUAUAAUACAAAAUAUCGAUAGACUAACAUUAUAUACUAAAAGUAAAAAGUAAAGAAAGUACUAAAUAAUUGUAGUAUAUAAGAUUUUUCAAAUAUUCAAAAUUUUGAUCAAGUUAGACCAAUCCAUCAUAAUAUUUAUUUGUAAUAUCAAAUACUAUAAAACUAUAAAAUAUAAAUAAUAUAAAUACACGAAGAGAGUAUGGGAUUUUUUGAUAACGUUAAAUCGUUUAUUCAUUCCAUAUCUACUGAUGAUCAUUAUGCAUCAUAUGAUUCUCCAUAUAAAACUUCAGGAGUAAUUAAUAAUUCAAAUAUUAUAGGUAAUAAUAAUGAUGGAGGAAUUCCAUCAAAUGGAUCAAAUUCAAGAUUACAUGAAUUAAAUAGAUUAAAUAAUAAUAAUUCUUCAACCAAUAUAUUAAUAGAUAAUCAUAUUGGUUAUACUCCAGGAAUGAAAUCUUCAUCAACAGAAGUUCAAUUACAAGAAUUUAAUAAUAAUGGUCAACCUCCUUUACCAUCAAUUGAUUCACUUUGGGAUAGAAUUGAUCAUUGGAUUGAAGAAGAAUAUCCUGAAAUUGAUGAAAAUUUAAAUGAUGGUGCAACUACUGCUGAUUUAAAUGAAUUUGAAAAUGAUUUAGGUUGUGGAGCUUUACCAAAUGAUUUUAGACAAUUUUAUAAAAGACAUGAUGGUCAAUUUUUAGGUGGUAAACCAACAGGAUUAAUUAUGGGUUUAGCCCUUUUAGAUUUAGAAUCUUUAAUGGAAGAUUAUGCAUUAUGGGGGAAAGUUGCUGAAAGAUUAGAAAGACAACAAUAUAUUGCUCAACAACAAUUAUUACAACAACAACAGCAACAACAACAACAACAAUUAGAUGCAAUUGAUGGUGAUGCAGAAGGGUCAAGUUCUAGUUCAGCAACUGCCAAUGCUUCUGCUUCUGCUUCUGCUCCAAUUUCAAAUUCUUUUAUAGCUAAUCAAAGAUCUAUACCACCAAAUAGUGUUCAACCUUAUUAUUAUCAUAAAGGAUGGCUUCCAAUAUUAAAAGAUCUUGGAGGUAAUCAAAUUGCUUUAGAUUUAGCACCUGGACCGGCUGGAAAAUGGGGGCAAAUAAUUUUAUUUGGUAGAGAUUUCGAUACUAAAUUAGUUAUUGCAUCAAGUUUUCAAGAAUUUAUUUUUGGUUAUGUUAAUGAUUUAGAAUCAGGUAAUUAUCGUAUUGAUUCUAAUGAUGCUGAUGAAGAUUUGGGAUUUUUAUCUCGUACAAGAGAUGAUGAUUAUAUGAUUGGUGAUGAAGAUGAAAAUCAAGGUGAAUUAACCUUUUAUGAUCGUGAUGGAUUAGAGUUUGGUAAGGGAGCAUUAAGAGGUAAUGUGGGUUAUAUAGAAGUAUUAAAAAGAAGAGCAUUAAAGAAAUAUGGAUUAACCGAAAAUUUCUCGACUGCUUUUACACCAAAACAUAUUCCAACUAAGAGAAGUAAUAAUACUAUAACUAGUGAUUCUUCUAAUACUCCUAAUAGAUCUCAAAGUCCAAUAUUAAAAGCCGAUGCUCCUAUUCCUGCAAGUGUUAAGGCUCCUAGUCCAUUAAUUAAUGUAGAAACAGCUUCUUCAUCUGCUAAUGUCACUAUUCAUAAAGAAACUCUUAUUGAUGAUAAGAUAGAUACUAAGCCAAAAACUGAAGAAUCAAAGGCUGAAGAAUCAAAAGUAGAAGAAAAAGAAUCAGUAAAAGAAGUAGAACCAGUACAAGAAUCAGUCGAAGAAGUUGAAGAAGUUGAAGAGACAACUCCCUUAAAGGAAGCAAUUGAAGAUGAAAAUGUCGACCAAGUUGUUGACGGAUUGAAGGAGGUAGAAUUAUAAAAAAGUAAGCCGAAAAAAAAUGUAAAGUCAUAGAAAAGUUCAUAUUACUAUUAAACCCUCGCUAUACCUGUAAACUAUCAUUAUGCGUACAUAUUUAUUACUAUUCAUUAUAUACAUACACAUAUACAUACACUAUACAUAUAUAUAGGUAUUUUACAUAUACGUAACAUACAUACACAUACACAUACACAU